GCCUGGUCUCGCGCACGACACCACAAAUCUACCAGCAACACAACUGCCACCGCAGCAGCAGCUCAACCGUCCAACACACACCACACUCGCACACACCGCGUUCACAUCGCACCAGCCAGCCAGCCGCACGAACAACAACAUCAUGGGGAAUGGCAUGAGCGUGGAUGUCCCUGGGGGAGGAUCCGAGGGAUAUCAAGUGCUGAAGGUGCAGCCAAACUCCCCCGGUGCCUUGUCGGGACUUGAGCCGUUCUUCGACUACAUCAUCGCCAUCAACGACCAGCGCUUGACACACGGGGAUGAGCUGAGGACGAUUGCUGCAAAGAACGUUGGCCAGGCACUGCGCCUUCUUGUGUUCUCAAGCAAGGAUCAAUUUGUCAGAGAGGUUUCGCUCGUGCCUCGCGACAACUGGGGUGGCGAUGGCUUGUUGGGCAUCAGCGUGCGCUUCACCUCAUUUGAAGGUGCCUGCGAGAACGUCUGGCACAUCCUGGAUGUGCAACCCGGCUCGCCGGCCGCCAUGGCGCAGCUGCAGUCCAACACGGACUACGUCGUCUGCGCCGACCACCCGCUCGAGGACCGCGAAGACUUCUUCCACCUGAUUCAAAGCCAUGACCGCAAGCCGCUGCGCCUCUAUGUCUACAACUCGGACACAGACAGCUGCCGGGAGGUGGUCAUCACACCAAACUCCCAAUGGGGCGGCGAGGGCAUGCUGGGCUGUGGCAUUGGCUACGGCUACCUGCAUCGCAUUCCCGCCAAGCACGCACGCUCCACAGAGAACACGGGAACAACACGCGCUGUGGCCGUGCCAGCCGUUCCAAUGUCAUUCAACAACGAUGCAUUUACGUCCAUCUCUCUGGCCACGGUUGCACCAACGACAUACAACCAGAUGCAGCAGCAGUCCCAUCAGCAAUUCCAUCAGCAAUUCCAGCAACCACAGCACCACCAGCAACCACAGCAGCAACACCAACCACAGCAGCAACAAGGAAACGGUGCGGUGACCGUUGAAAUGUCCGGGUCAUCUGUCAUGCCACCCUCGCUCAUGACAGCAGCCCCGCCAUCGGUCACAGAUACACGCGCCACCACAACCAGUCAGGCUGCACCACCGACCUUCACCACCGCCACGACGACCCCAUAUGCAGCGCCUGUGCCUGUCUCACCCACCACCACAACCACCACUGGCAGCAGCACAACCAGCGCCACAACAGCAAUAUCAGUUCCAAUACCCACCCCACCAGCAGCAGCAGCAGCAGCAGCAGCAGCAGCAGCAGCAGCAGCAGCAGCAGCAGCACGCGGUGUCCACCACAUCAGGUAUGACCAUGCAUCCUCACCCCACCAUGCAGCAGCCACAACGGCAGGUGCAACAGCCACAGCAGCAAGCACAGCAGCACAGCGCACCGCCAAUGCGUCAGUUCCAAGUGCCGGACGUGCGGUCCGGUGGCGUCUUCUCCGCUCCUGCGCACACGCGUGCACAAGCAACAGGGACAGCGGCGCCAACACUGUCGCCGUCGCUCGGCAACAUGCCGCAGCUCGUGCCGGCAAAGCCUGCCCAAGUGGCGUGGUCUGGCAACGGAGGCACAAACGGCAGCAGCGCACCCGCGCCCACACUGCACCACCAGCUACAGGGCAUGUCGCUUCACGCCGCCGCGCCAACAGCAGCAACAACAACAGCGCCGUCCGCAACUUCGUCUGGACACAGCGGCCGUGGUGUCUCCACCACAUUCCGCUCGCUCGCUGACGAUGGUCAGAUGCAGCCUGCAAACAUCACGCACUACACGUCUUCACAGCCGGCACCGCAGCCAAAUGCUUGACGCGCGCGCGUGGCAAACAUGUUCACCAUGUUGUGUUGUUUCCCUUUGAUCGCUUGCCUGCCCAUGUAGCUUGUCAGCAGUGAUGUGGAAGUGCUUGUUUGUGUAUGUGUGUGUGUGUGUGCGUGCGUGCGUGCGUGCGUGC